GGUAACUCAGGCAAUUAUAACCAGCAGCAAUUAUCAGUUUAGGAAGCUGCGUCUGCAGCACAUGAAAUAUCAGGCAGGACACAAGCCAGGAGCGAUCAUUUGCUUUUCGGUCUUCUUCACUGCAGCCAAGAGCAACAUUCACGUCAUCACUGCUUGUUACUGCCAUUCCCAGCCGUACAAACGCACUGAACAAACAGCCUCAAAGUCGGUUGAAUUGAACGAGUUCGUAAAGAACAACGUAGAAUCAACGGCACCGCGAUGAAUUUUUGUCGUUUCGGCUGGUGGCCGCAGCUCCUGAUGGCAGUUCUGCUCUGCACGGUCGCAAGUGCUAAUCCUACCGAUAGCACCGCGCCGUGCAAUAACGGCCAGUUCGUGUGCGCCAACGGCCGCUGCAUUCUCGGUCUCUUCCGGUGCGACGACGACGACGACUGUCUCGAUGGCAGCGAUGAACUCGAGUGUAUUCUACCUGGCCAAAACUGCAAAAUAAGUGAGUUUGAGUGCGAAAACAGAAAGUGCAUCAGGAAAUGGUACGUCUGUGACAUUGACGAUGACUGUGGAGACGGCAGUGAUGAGCGCAACUGCAACUACCCCGAUGUCCCGUGCGGGGAGGACGAGUUCCGAUGCGCCAACAGACGUUGCAUUGCCACGGGCCUCACGUGCGACGGCGUCGACGACUGCCGUGAUGGCAGUGACGAGCUUAACUGCACCCUUCGUAAGUCUCACUUUACUGUUUUUUGUCCCCGUAUUUAA